AUGGUGUCUUGUGUUCCGUCAGAUCGCGCCAUUCUAGCUCGUAAUUCUUCCAGCUGGUUGUCGUUCGGGCUCGCGCCGAUGGUUCCCGCGAUCUACACGGCCGAGCUGUGUGUCGUGUGGGCUCCUGUUCCGUCUGCUGGCGCCGAUCCUCCACCUGGCGCACGUCCUGUCGCUCAGGGCUCGCCGUUUGCAUUCGCGUUUGAUCUGUUUAAGGGAGAUGGAUCUGUGGCUCCGUCUCCGACCGGCGUUCGUCCUCCUCCUUCUGCCUCUGGGGUCGUGAAGUUGAGUUCCAAGGGAUCGAUGCCAUUCCUCCUCGCGGCUCUCCUUGUCUCCUCUCCCUGCUGCCGGGUGGCUCGCAAAGUCUCUAACUCCCUCGUCAGCGAGCUGUUCAGCGUGUGUUGUUCCUCGGCCUUCUUCUGUAGAGCGGCGAUCGUCUCCUGCAUCUUCGCCAAUUCGAUCGCCGCGUUCCGGGCGGUUUGUUGUUCGUCUGUCGCUGCGAUUGGAUCGGUUCCUGGCGGGAUGACUCCUGUUGCGUUCGUCGUCGGUCCGGUCAUCUCUUCAGAUCUCGAGUGUUAUUUGAGUAAGAAAUCUUCUACUGACCCUCCUUCUAGCGCUAAAUUGUGGGAACUGGAAUCCGCACAAUAG